AUGUCUGGCUAUGUCGCAGAUGGAUAUGGGGAGGAUAAAAAACGAGGGGGAAAGAGGGGGAAGUUGGCCGGGUAUUUCAAAGCUGCAAACGAACUUCGUCAAUCGUAUCAACAAUCAUACUCGGAGAAAUGGGGUGGAGGUAGUGGAUUAGAUGAUGAUGAACAUGGAAUACCAGGCUCGUUUCCGGAUGUAUCUAUUGUUUCUCACGGUGAUGAGCAAAUGAUAUUAUUUCCAUCAUAUGCGCGGAGGCAUACCAAGGAGAAACCAUUUUUUGAAAAUGCCAACAUGAAUCCCAAAUUGAACGAACCCGGAGAUGCGGAAUAUUGGGCAAGGGAAUGGCAAAAAUAUGAGGAUGAUAGGGCUAUAGUUGAUGUGGAUGUUAGAGGAUGGCUUUACUCUCCUCAUAGAGGACCUAUGACUAGAAAGAACAGGUUACUCAUUGGACUUGCACGCCAGCUAAGUGGGAUACCUGCACCAAAAUCUGGUUCUCGAGAGACUAGUCCGGAUUCAAAUUCAUUCAGAGCAAAGCAUAGAGAACUCGAACAGAGGCGUGAUGAGGAGAAGAUUGCCCGAGAAGCAGAACAAAUAUUGAAAAAAGGUCGAGGCGAGGAGGAGGCAGCACUACGGGGUGAUUAUAGUGAAAAGCCAAAAAGGGAAUCGGAUGGUGAUAGUAUCUAUAGUGAACGCGGUAGGCAGCGAGGUGGCAGUUCACGGGUAUCACCAGAGUCAUCUCCUGCUCCAAGUCGUCUAACAAAACGCAUAUCAUGGAAUCAACCAUCCGAAAUGACCCAAGCGGAGCUAUUAACAGCAAAUGCUCAUUUGAUGGCACGAUUAAGACCAUUCCUUACGAAUCCAAAGGUUGAAACAGCCAUUACGGUUUUCUUUUACGAUGAAAAGAAUUCUUCAUCGCGAACAAUAGAAACAAAUGAAGCAGGUCAUUUCAUUAUGCGAGCCGCUUUAGAGUUUGUUCCUACACAUGUCAGAGUGUUGGCUUCGGAAAACCUUUCAGCGAUUGAAGAAGUUAAAAUUACUGAACCAAAAGGAGUCAGUCUUAUCACUGAUGUUGAUGAUACAAUCAAGCACUCUUCAAUUGGUGCAGGAUCAAGAGAGAUAUUUAGAAAUGUCUUUAUUCGUGAAUUUGCUGAUCUCACAAUUGAAGGUGUCAGGGAAUGGUAUAAUACAAUGUAUGAUAUGGGUGUUGGGGUACACUAUGUAUCCAAUUCACCUUGGCAAUUAUUUCCAGUCUUAGUAAGCUUUUUCAGAAAAGCAGGGCUACCACCUGGAUCUUUUCACUUGAAACAAUACAGCGGAAUGCUUCAGGGUAUUUUUGAACCUGUUGCAGAGAGGAAGAAGGGUACCCUUGAGAAGAUCAUGCGAGAUUUCUCAGAAAGGAAAUUCAUCUUGAUUGGAGAUAGUGGUGAAGCAGAUUUAGAAGUCUAUACCGAUGUCGUUUUAGCGAAUCCGGGGAAAAUCCUUGGGAUCUUUAUUCGAGAUGUCACAACACCUGAAGAUAUAGGUUUCUUUGAUCCUGCAUUGGGUCCGCUGAGUGGAGAUCGUCGAAGGUUUGAGCCUCAAUCUCGAACACAAUCUCGAACGCAAUCCAUUGAUAGCAGGAGAUCAUCUACAUUUAGUAAAUCUGAGCUAUCAGAGAAACGACCAUCUUUGCCUCCCAGAGUUCCCUCGGAAACUAAACUUCAGACCAGUAAUGGACCAACCAUGGGAACACUUAUUGAUUUCGGAGAUGAGCCUGAGAAUCAACCAAUACAUAAAUCUCAUAGGCAAGUGGUACCUCGAUCUAUGUCAGAGAUGGAAGUACCAAAUAUUCCACGACGAGGAUCCGCCAGUGAUGGGAAAGCUCCUCCCCCUCGACCUUCUAAGCCUUUAUCGCUUCGUGGAGCAAGUACAAUCACAAUGGUUCCACCCGAAUCAUCUGAACCCCCAAAACAAAACACUCCACCACCACCAAAACCUCGUCGUUCAGGUGCUAUACAUGGAAGUGUAAACAACCAUCCAUUAAAGCAGGCACAAAGUAGUGCAGAGUUAUCAGAAUCAUCUAGUGAAGGUUACAUGUCUAGUGCUCGUCAUAAAGUUGCAGAGACCUAUAACAAUCUUCCAGAAAUGAGAUCUUAUAUACCAGGCAUGAGUGAAUCGAAUUCAAGGUCCCAACCUGCAUUCGACCCAUCAUACAGUCCAUCAUCAAACAGUGGGCCACUGCCUCCCCCACGUCGAAAAUCUACCUUUAAUUCUUCAAUAUCCAGCUCCCCUGACUCAUCAGACGAUGAAUUUCAUCGAACAUCCAGUGGAGCACCAGCAAACAAAAAAUUAGAUCUCUGGAGACGUCGGUGGAAACGCGCAAAAGAUAUUCUUGAUGGACAAGGUGUAACACUCAGAGCUUGGAGAAAUGGUGGUGAUGUGUGUAUAGAAGCUGUACAUAUGGUUGAACAAGCUAUGCGGGAGAUGGGGGUUGAAGGAUAUGGAAAUGGGAAGGGGAAAACGGGGAGAGGAGGUGGAGAGGUUAAGGUUAGGGAUUUGAAGAGGUAG